AUGAUUAUACAUGCAACGAGGUCGGAGGAGCUGAGCCGGCGGGAGCUGGAGAGGCAGCUGCAGGAGCUCCGCAGGGACAAGGUGCAGAUCGAUAACAACCUCAGGCGCAUGGAGGCGACCCAAAAGCGGAUCUUUGGUGACGAGGAGCAGAGGAAAUUGGCGGCUCUGCACAGUCAGGAUGGGAAGGAGGAUGGGAAGGAGGAGAAAGAGGAGGGGAAGGAAGAGAACGGAGACGAGAAGGAGGACGACAAGCCGAAGGAGGAUGGAGAGAGCAGAAAACGGAAGCGGGAUGAAGAGCUGGAGCAGCGGAAGAAGGAGGGCAAGACCGCAAAGGCGGACCCCAGGAGCAGAAACCUCUUCGGGAAGCUGUUGGGGCACCUCCAUUCUGCCAAAGACAGGCUGCAGAAGGAGAAGACCAGCAAGAUGGGGGAGCUGCAGCAGAAGGCCCUGAGCCGGGUGGAGGACAAGAUGAACUUGAACAAGAUGAGCCUCAAGGAGUUCAGGAAAGGCCAGUUCGACAAGCAGAUGGAGGAGGAGCAGGCGAAGGUGACAGAGAUCGAGAAACAGAUCGAGGAGAAGGAGGUCCUUCUGCUGCAGCGGCGGUUAGAGAAUCACUACUCCUUGAUGAUGAACUUCAUCCGCACCGAGGUGCAGCCUCCCAUCUUCUUCCUCCCGGCAAAGCAUACGAGGGACACCGAGAAGCAGCUCGACGCGACCCGCGCGGACGUCAAGGGCAAGAUCGCAGGGCUCAAGGCCCAGUUUAAGGCGCAGCAGGAGGAGGCUGCAGCUGCGAGAAAGGAGAAGGAGAAGGAGAAAGAGGCGCCAGGCGGUGCCGUGGCCCCGGCGGCUGCGGAGCCGGAGGCGGCGGCGGAGGCGGAGGCGCGGGCGGCGGAGGCCCCACGUGAAGAGGAGGGAGCUGCCAGCGACAGCUCCUGA